UAAUUCUGGUUCAAUCUAAGUCCCUCACAAACUCUCCUUCAGACCUUAACAACUUUUUUCUCCCCUUUCUUAAUCUUUUUUUUUCUAACCUUUUGCAUUUUUUUUAGUCUCAUUUCCUGUCUGGGUUUUGCAUUUCCCUCCCCCGCCCCUCCCAGCCUAUGACACACUUUCUCUCUUCUUUUUUAAUCUUCCCCCCCCUCCUUUAUUUGCUCCAAGCUCAUUCCUCAGGGCCUUCGCGUAAGCCCCCUACCUCUUUCCUUCUCCAUCCCCCAUCUCUCUCCCCGGAGCCCUGGGAGCAGCGCUUAGUCCCAGAAACCCCCCCACCCCACCCCAGCCUCUCCCAUCACCACUGAAUUUCACUAGGUGGCCCAGCCUAGCCCUCUCGCCUCCCCCGUCUCCGACAGUAGGAGGGAGAGGGGGGUCUUCUAGGAGGUCUGGGCCUGACGGAGCAGCCAGCGCUCGGGCAUGUAGGAGGAGCGCAACUGACCAGGACCUGCACCUCCUGUGAAGCGCGAAGCAUGAGUGCUCGAGCUGCUGCUACUCCUCCUAGUAACAGGACAAGGGGCUGAAGCAAAGUGGAAAGCUGUGGAGAGAUAAACAACAGCAGCAUUUGAACUUAUUUCCCUUCUGCUUGUUCUAACGAGGGUCAAGGCACUCUAGGCCUUCAAAGGUGACAGUCUGAUAAAUUAAUCCAUCCUAAUGGGAGAAGGCUAGAAGCGAUCCUCAGGGACCUCCAUCUCUUCCCAGGAGGGGAGCCAGAGAUGGGUGACUACAUGGAGACGCUAAAGGAUGAAGAAGAUGCCCUUUGGGAAAAUGUGGAGUGUAACCGCCAUAUGCUAAGCCGAUACAUCAACCCAGCCAAGCUGACCCCUUACCUGCGCCAGUGUAAGGUCAUCGAUGAACAGGAUGAAGAUGAAGUGCUCAGUGCUCCCAUGCUGCCUUCCAAGAUCAACCGAUCAGGCCGACUAUUGGACAUUCUUCAUACCAAAGGAGAAAGAGGAUAUGUGGUGUUCCUGGAGAGCCUGGAGUUUUAUUAUCCAGAACUCUAUAAGCUGGUGACAGGGAAGGAGCCCACCCGAAGGUUUUCUACCAUUGUGGUGGAGGAAGGCCAUGAAGGCCUUACUCACUUCCUGAUGAAUGAGGUUAUCAAGCUGCAGCAGCAAAUGAAGGCCAAGGAUGUGCAGCGUUGUGAGCUCCUGGCCAAGUCCCGCCAGUUGGAAGAUGAAAAGAAACAGCUGACUCUGACCCGGGUGGAGCUAAUGACUUUCCAGGAGAGAUACCAUAAGAUGAAGGAGGAGAGAGACAACUACAAUGAUGAGCUGAUCAAGGUGAAGGAUGACAACUACAACUUGGCAAUGCGCUAUGCCCAGCUAAGUGAAGAGAAGAACAUGGCAGUGAUGAGGAGCCGAGAUCUCCAGUUGGAGAUUGACCAACUGAAGCACCGUUUAAAUAAGAUGGAGGAGGAAUGCAAGCUGGAGAGAAAUCAGUCGCUUAAACUUAAGAACGACAUAGAAAAUCGGCCCAAGAAGGAGCAGGUUCUGGAACUGGAGAGAGAGAAUGAAAUGCUGAAGACAAAAAUCCAGGAGUUACAGUCGAUUAUUCAGGCUGGAAAACGCAGCCUGCCAGACUCAGACAAGGCUAUUUUGGAUAUCCUGGAACAUGACCGGAAAGAGGCUCUGGAAGAUAGACAGGAGCUGGUCAACAAGAUUUAUAACCUGCAGGAAGAGAUGCGUCAGGCUGAGGAGCUAAGAGACAAGUACUUGGAAGAGAAAGAAGAUCUGGAACUGAAGUGCUCCACUCUGGGGAAAGACUGUGAUAUGUAUAAACACCGAAUGAAUACUGUGAUGAUACAACUAGAAGAAGUGGAGAAAGAACGAGACCAGGCAUUCCACUCUCGUGAUGAAGCACAGACACAGUAUUCCCAAUGCUUGAUUGAGAAGGACAAGUACAGAAAGCAGAUCCGAGAGCUGGAGGAGAAAAACGAUGAACUGAGGAUUGAGAUGGUCCGGAAGGAAGCCUGCAUUGUGAACCUAGAGAGCAAAGUCCGACGCCUUUCCAAAGACAUCACUGGCCUUGACCAGAGUCUUCCCAGGAAUCUGCCAGUAACUAUUAUCUCUCAGACCUUUGGAGAUUCCAGCCCUAAAACCAAUGGUCAGGAAGCAGAUGAUUCAUCAACUUCUGAGGAUUCACCAGAGGACAGCAAGUAUUUCCUGCCCUAUCAUCCCCCAAAGCGGAGAAUGAACUUGAAGGGCAUCCAGCUGCAAAGAGCUAAAUCCCCUGUCAGCAUGAAGCGGGCAUCAGAUUUUCAAGAAAAUGGAAUGGAUGCCAGUAGCAACUCCUCCAAUCCUCUUUCCAUCGACAACUCUCUCAACAAAAUGCUGCCCCUUAGAAAUCGCAAUAGCAUCAUGUCUAUCACUGCGGAGCCUCCAGGAAAUGACUCCAUUGUCAGAAGAUGUAAAGAAGACGCACCUCAUCGUAGUAUAGUUGAAGAAGACACUGACAGUUUUGGAUUUGAUGCUUUAGAUCUAGAUGAUGACAACCAUGACCGCUACUCCUUUGGACCCCCCUCCAUCCACUCCUCUUCCUCUUCCCAUCAGUCUGAGAGCCUGGAUGCCUUUGAUCUUGAGCAAGUCAACAUCAUGUUUAGGAAAUUUUCUCUGGAAAGACCUUUCCGUCCCUCUGUCACAUCUGUUGGUCACAUCAAGACCACAUGCCAUCCAGUGCAGCACACAACCCUGAACGGAGAUAACCUCAUCACUGAAAUCACCCUGCUGGGGGGAAAUGAUCGAGGCAGCUUCAUUCACUCUGUCAAGCCAGGAUCCCUGGCGGAAAAAGAAGGCCUCCGGGAGGGACACCAGCUGCUACUGCUGGAGGGCUGCAUCAAAGGCGAGAAGCAGAGCGUUCCCUUGGAUACUUGCACGAAGGAGGAAGCACACUGGACAAUUCAGAGAUGUAAUGGCCCCAUCACACUGCACUAUAAAUUCAACCAUGAAGGUUACCGGAAGCUGCUAAAGGACAUGGAAGAUGGCCUGAUCACAUCAGGGGAUUCAUUUUACAUCCGGCUAAAUCUGAACAUCUCCAGUCAACUUGACUCCUGUUCUAUGUCAGUGAAGUGCGAUGAAGUGGUACAUGUUCGUGACACAAUGUACCAGGACAAAUAUGAGUGGCUUUGUGCUCGGGUUGAUCCAUUCAACAACAGGGACCUGGAAAUGGGAACUAUUCCCAGCUACAGAAGAGCCCAGCAGCUACUUUUGGUGAAGCUUCAGCGGCUGAUGCAUAGAGGGAAUAGAGAUGAAACAGAGAGCUCUCACCAUACGCUAAAGGCACUACGGAACACACUGCAGCCUGAGGAGCCUCUUGCAAUGAAUGACCCCCGAGUAAGCCCCCGUCUCUCAAGAGCAAGCAUCCUUUUUGGUCAGCUCAUACAGUUUGUUAGUCGAUCUGAAAACAAAUACAAAAGGAUGAACAGCAAUGAACGCGUCCGUAUCAUCACUAGUGGCCACCCAGGGAACUUGGCCCGGGCCUCACUCGAUGUUAUGAAGCCCUUGUCAGAGAAGCACGAAGAUAUGGACUCUGAUAAUGACCUCAACAAGAGACUCAACCUGAUCCCAUACAGCGCGGUACGUUCCUUCUACUCUGAGCGCCGACGGCCCAUCCUCUUUACCCCCACCAUGCUAGCCAAGACCUUGGUGCAAAAGCUGCUGAAUUCUGGAGGGGCCAUGGAGUUCAACAUGUGCAAGCCAGAUAUUGUAACAAAGGAGGAGUUCCUGAGGAAAGAAAGAACAGAAACCAUCAUCUUCUCCCGGGAAAAGAAUCCAAACACUUUCGAAUGCAUUGUUCCUGCCAAUAUUGAAGCUGUAGCUGCCAAGAAUAAACACUGUCUGCUGGAAGCCGGGAUAAGCUGCACAAAAGAUUUGAUCAAAGCGAAGAUCUACCCCAUCGUUCUCUUCAUCAGAGUUUCAGAGAAGAAUAUCAAGAAAUUCAGGAAACUGCUGCCCAGGCCAGAGACGGAGGAGGAAUUUUUAAGGGUGUGCCGCCAGAAGGAGAAGGAGCUGGAAGCCCUGCCCUGCCUGUAUGCCUCAGUGGAGGUCGACAUGUGGAGCAGUGUGGAGGACCUGAUCCGAGUCAUCAAGGAGAAGAUAGGAGAGGAGCAGCGCAAAACCAUCUGGAUCGAUGAAGAUCAGCUAUAAAACAGGCCUCGGGUCGAACUGGACUUGUCAGUGAUGCGCAGGCCCUGACCAAGCAGAGUCUGGGCAGGCAGAACCCACCCAGGGCAUUGCCCGGGGCUCCCCACUACUUCUGUGCCAGCUCUAUUUUCAGGUUGCAGAUGGAGCAGACAUAGAUGGGAGGAGCUACUCGGGCCUGUGGGUAAUGGGAGCCCCAGGGACUGAACUCCCACCCUGAUAAAGCAGCCUCACCGUAAGAUCCCAUUGCCCUUCCCCCUACCACCAGGGACAGCAGCGGCUGCUUUAACUGUGGGGAUGGAAGAAAAUGUGGGAGGGAGUUAGGAGUAAUUUAUUCCACGAACUGCCUGGACCCCAUCCCAGUAGUUCAGCACUCCUGAUGUUAUCAGAGCACAGAAAUCUUCAGGGAGACAUGGACUCAGCCAAAGAACACUGAACCCAAGAUCUCUGGGUUCCCCCCAAGACCAGACUAGCAUUUGAAUGUAACUCACUAGGGACUCUGCUCAUUGCCUGGUCAUACUGGGUCCCCCAAAAGCAAGACCACUUUUCUCAGCUGUGGUACUUUCCGUGGGGUACUCGUGUGGGUGUCCUGGCCAGGCUAGAGUGAAAGAGGCAUGGUGCACUGUACUGAUGUUUAUUUUUUUUUUGCAUUAAAGUCCCCCAAGCCCUCUAUUCUCCAUCAUUUCCAUUUAUCCUCUAUCAUUCCUCCAUUUUCCAGUUGGCAGUAACUUUAAGCAUCACCUAUUUUCUCACCCUAACCCCUUCCCAGUAUUGUACGUUUAAUUCUGCAUCCUUAAGCAAAACAUUUCAGAAAAGGCUCCAGGCGUCUUUGUAAAUUGUAAGAUGAAAAGAUCCCCUGGGUGGUAGGGAGGGUGUGGGCAGUCUCCCUAUACUGUUAAUUGCAUGGUAUUUAUAGGACCACAGGGUCAUAGACAGAUCUGGCAGGAGCCUCAGAGGUCAUCCAAUCCAACCCCUUUGUUUUACAGAAGAGGAAAUUGAAUUCUAGAAAGGAGCAAUGACUGGCCAGGGUUACACAGGUAAUCAGUGGCAGAGCUGGGAUUUGGACCUCCAGGCCUCUUAUUUCAUGGCUCUUUUCCCCUACCAUGCUAAUUCUCCAUCAGAGUCUAACUGUAGAAUCCUAGCGUCAUAGAUUUAGAGCUAGCAGGGACCUCAGAAACCAUAAAUCCCAGUCUUUAUCUCAGUUUCACUGUCUCCCACCCCCUGCACAUCACCCCUCUACUCAUCCAGGCACUCCUUUGAAAACCUCCACCACCAGGUUCAAGGCUCUGGAUUUAAGCCAUGAACUGAAAGAAUAAAUAUUCUACAUCCUU